CCUACAAAUUAUCACCGUGUUCUUCGCGAAACCGCAUUACCUUGGUACUUUAAAGAGACAUCAUGAAGUUCUUCAUCUUGGCAGCCAUCAUCGCAUGCGCUUUGGCGGACAAAGUCCCAUUCAAGGAUUGUGGUUCCAAGACCGGCAAUAUUACAUCGGUUGACGUUAGCAACUGUCCUGCCUUCCCUUGCCCAUUGGUAAAAGGAACAAAUGUAACCGUCGCUGUUGUUUUUACUCCAUCUGUCGUGUCUACCUCGGCAACGGCUUCAGUCCAUGGUAUCAUUGCAAGGGUACCUAUUGCAUUCCCUAUCCCGCAAACUGACGGCUGCAAAACUGGCGUCACCUGCCCCACAGUCUCAGGAACGGAACAGACUUACAAGAAUCAAAUUUACGUCUCAAAACUGUACCCUCAGGUAUCUGUGGUUGUAAAAUGGGAACUCGCUGAUGACAAGGGCAACGACCUGUUCUGUUUUGUCGUGCCUGCUGAGAUCAAGAGCGCAUAGACGGAGAGCAGAAUCAUUUCGGUGUACCCAGAGCUUUGACACUGUACAGUACAUAGUAGUGUUAUAUGUAUUGCACAUCGAUAGAUGGUGAAAGCAAUAAUUAUCAUAAUUAUAAUAAUUCUGAUGUUAUCUACCUAGUCGUAGAUAUAAAUUUUUUUGAAAUUGUUUUCUCUAAUUCAAUACACAUAAUUAAGACUCUCGGCUAAAACGUGAAAUUAAAACUAACAAUGUUUUUAUCAA